AUGUCCACCUCAAACAAACCUGAAAACUACAUCCAAGAAAGAUUAGAUGCUUUGUCAGAAAUAGAUUUCAAGAUUGUAUCUCUCCUUGAAAACUUUUCUUCAUUUUUUGAAACAUACACCAAUAAAGAUAAAGAUCAAUUCAUCAAUGGAACCAAACAAAUUUUCGACACAUUGAGUAAAGUGGCCAUAGACCUACGGAAGGAGGUGAAGCAUUUGGAUGAUAACAUUGGGGUAUAUAAUAAGAACAAGGAUGGGAUUAUGAUACUUCCAAUCAAUGUUGAUCAAAAGAACGGGGAGUUGGGGAAGCUAAAGUUGAAUGCAGAAUUGAGAGAAUUGUCGGGAUUGCUACAUCUAGGGGAGGGUGACUCUGAGACUUCCAAAGACAAUGCUAAUGAGGAUUUGAAGGAUACACAGACCUCGAAAGAGGAAAAUGACCUUCCUAGUAGAGAAUUACCCGAGGUUGGAGAGGAAGAUCUACAAAAUCAAGACAUUGACAUGACAGAUUAA